AUGUACUAUUCACUCAGUUUGAUUUAGAAGCUCGAAUGCUAGAAACUUAACAAAACGAUGAGCGCGUUCUUGAGAAUUUUGGCAUUCAUUAUCAAUGCGAUCGCUUGCGUUGUAAAUGAAAUAUUAAAUGUGAUAAUACCGCGACGCAAGCCCACAUAUCCGCCUAUAACAAAUCCAUUGUUGUUGAAAUCGGUUACAGAUUUACUAACAGAUCUGAAAGAAAGAAAGUUGACCUCUGAAAAAAUCGUAACUGCCUAUAUUGAACGCAUUAAGGUGGUCAAUGCCUGCCUUAAUGCCGUCAUUGAAGAUCGUUUUGAGGAGGCUAUCAAAGAGGCUCGUCAUGCAGAUAAUUUGAUUUCCAAGGCCAAAGAUGAAUUUCAAAUGUUGUUGUUAUUCCAUCGUCACCCAUUGCUGGGAAUACCAUUCACCGUGAAAGAAUCCUGUGGUGUUCAAGGUAUGUCACAAUGUGUGGGCAGCGUUGCCAGAAAAAACGAAAAAUGUCCCAAAAAUGGGGAUGUUUUGGAACUACUUAAGACAGCGGGUGCUAUUCCUCUGCUGGUAUCUGCUAAUCCUGAAUUCUGUUUGGCUUUUGAUGGUGAUACACGUGUGGCAGGGAAAUGUUUAAACCCAUACGAUUUAAGACGUUCUUCGGGUGGUUCCUCAAGUGGGGAGGCCUCGCUGAAUGGUGCUGGUGCCACAACAUUUGGUUUAGCCUCUGACAUUAGUGGGUCAAUACGUUUACCAGCCCUAUUUUGUGGAGUCUUUGGACAUAAGCCCACUGGUGGUCUGCUCUCAGUGCGUGGACAUUUUCCCUUUAGUGUUACCGAUAAAGAUUUCCCCUUUUAUCUACAAAUGGGUCCCAUUACUAGAUUUGCACGUGAUAUGCCAAUCUUAUUGCAUAUUAUGGCUGGAGAAAAUGCCAGUAAAUUGAAGUUCGAAGAGGAAGUCAAAUUGGAUGACCUUAAGAUCUACUAUACCUAUUCGAUGGGAAGUUUUUUACAUGUCCCUGCAGAUUUUGAAAUGAAAUUGGCCAUAACGCGAGCCGUUAAAUGUUUUGAAAAAGGUGGCAUCUCUACUGAAGAGGUGAAAAUCCAAGGAUUCAAAAACGCCAUCGAAAUGUGUCUAUCAUCCUUGGCCAACAUUAAGGGCCUACCCAGCAUUAUCACUCAAUCGAUAGAAAACAAACCCAAUAAGGUGGAGCUCAUAAAAGAAAUAACACGAAGUCUGGUGGGUUUAUCGCCCAAUACUUCAAUGCCUCUGUUUGUGGAAUUGAUGAUACAAGUGAAUGCUUUUAUUCCCUCCGAACAAGCCAAAGAAUGGAGAAGUGAAUUGAAAAAUCUACAUGCCGAGUUAACUCGCCUACUUGGCACCAACGGUGUACUGUUUUUACCCACCUACCACAAGACAGCCAAUUUCUUUAAUGGCAGCUCCUUCCUCAACAUUAGUGGGGUGCUCUUUAUGCUACUCUUCAAUGUUUUGGGUUUCCCGGCCACACAUGUGCCCAUGGGCUUGGAUCGCAAAGGAUUGCCUGUGGGCUUUCAAGUGGUGGCUGCUCCCUACAUGGAUAAAUUGUGUUUACAAGUUGCCGCCGAACUGGAAGGAGCAUUUGGAGGAUGGGUUCAACCUCAAGAGUCCUAAAACGAAAUCGUUACAGUCGUUUAUGUUAUGGGGAGUGUGGACAUUAAUCUGAAAUUUUAACUAGUGGAACUGAUUAGAGACUUUUUUGAAUGUUAUUUAUUGAGACUUAAGUUUAGUUAAUAAAUCUACCCGCUAAAUGUUUAUUUAA